GGAUUUUGUCCUUGAGAGCUGGAAGGCAUACAGUGAGGAGUGCCACCGCAACAUGAGCCACCUGCCCACGCCCACAGAGCUGGUCUGUAACCGCACCUUCGACAAGUUCUCCUGCUGGCCUGACACACUGCCCAACAGCACUGCCAGUGUCCCCUGCCCCUGGUUCCUGCCCUGGUACCAGAAAGUGAAGCACAGAUUUGUCUUCAAAACCUGUGGGCCAGAUGGGCAAUGGGUGACAGGCCCCCAGGGGCAGUCCCUGCGUGAUGCCACACAGUGCAAGCUGGACGCCGAGGACUUGGAGGCACAGGAAAAAUUUGCCACAACCUAUGGCAGCUUCAAGGUGAUGUACACUGUGGGCUACUCCGUGUCACUCUGUGCGCUGCUUCUCGCCCUGGCCUUGCUGCUGGGCUUCAGCAAGCUGCACUGCAUGAGGAACUACAUCCACAUGAACCUCUUCGCCUCCUUCAUCCUGAAGGGUGUCUCUGUGCUGGUCAUCGAUGCCCUGCUCAAGACCCACUACAGUGACAAGAUUGAUGACUACAAUGUGCACAUGUGGCUGAGCGAUGAGGCAGCCGCAGGCUGCCGGGCGGCCACGGUCUUCAUGCAGUACGGCAUCGUGGCUAACUACUGCUGGCUGCUGGUGGAAGGCAUCUACCUGCACAACCUCCUGGUGGUGGCUGUCUUCUCUGAGAGGAGCUACUUCACCCUGUACCUCUGCAUUGGCUGGGGAGCUCCUGUGCUGUUCCUCAUCCCCUGGGUCGUCGUAAAGUUCCUCUAUGAAAACAUCCAGUGCUGGACCACUAACAACAACAUGGGCUUCUGGUGGAUCCUUCGCUUCCCCGUGUUCCUGGCCAUCUUGAUCAACUUCUUCAUCUUCAUCCGCAUCAUCCAGAUCCUCGUCUCCAAGCUCCGUGCUCACCAGAUGCGCUACACUGACUACAAGUUCAGGCUGGCCAAGUCCACGCUGACGCUGAUCCCACUGCUGGGCAUCCACGAGGUGGUCUUUGCCUUCAUCACAGAUGAGCAUGCCCAGGGCACCCUGCGCUACGUCAAGCUCUUCUUUGACCUUUUCCUGAGCUCCUUUCAGGGGAUGCUGGUGGCCAUUCUCUACUGCUUUGUCAACAAGGAGGUGCAGGCAGAGCUGCUGAAGAGGUGGCAGCGCUGGAAGCUAGGGAAGGACCUGGCAGAAGAGUACAAGCACACCUACAGCCAUGCACCCAGUGCCCGCAACGGUGCUGGCAGCACCUGUGAGAAGCACCAGCUAGUGAGUGGCUGUGCCAAUGGGCUGGGGCGCAGCCCAGCCACUGCACGCCCUGGCACCCACUACCUCGAGAGGACCAGCCACAGCACUGCUGAGCACCUCACCCUGGGAGACCGGCACCACUGCUAUGAGUUCCCUGAGACCACAGCCGAGAGCCACUUCUGAGUUUGUGAUCAGAACAGGAGGCCUGUGCUGGCCACACUGCUGCAGGCCAAGCUGGCUAGGGCAGCUGCUGCCUCCGUCCUGAGAUUCAUCCCACUCUGGACACUGUGCAGGACCAUGCCCACUCUGGUGAAGAUGCCAUGUUGUGCCGGACAUGUACAUCACAGUGCCCACAGCUGGGCCAGCUGUGCGUGAGGCAUGGCGAGUGGGGCUUGGACCUCUGU